CUAGCUUUUCCUAAUUGUGCUGUAGCUUGAAUAUUGAUCCUUUUGUAAGUCUUUGGAUAAAAGCCUAACAGCUAAAUGUAAAUGUAAUGUUAUCUCGAGACGUCGGUGUUUGCUUGAUUUGCCUUGCUAAUGUUAUGUGCUCCCCGCUAAUUAAAUGUUAUUCGUUCCUCUUUAGCAAUCCUAGCAACUGCUUAGCAUGCUAGCAACUCCUAAGCGCGGUGAAAUAUGUCGACUGGCGACACACCUCAGCAAUCAAUCCUUUCCUGGCUUUUUCAAACUUGGUGGAAAACGUGGGAAAAAAAGAUUUUUUGCUGCCUCUACGCAAAAAUCAAAAACGGUAGCACUGAAUUUCUACCUGUUGCCAAAAAAUACCACCCUCACCCCAUUGCCUGCCGAGGAGCUAGAAUUGCUUCAGGCAGGCAUGGGGAGAAAGAGUGUUUCGAUGCCAGAGACUGGUGACCAUUCAGAGAUUACGCAAGUCUUGACUGACACGUUUCCAAAAAUGGAGAAUCUUGCCGGCGGAUGGCUCCUACACAAAGCCUCAGGUGGCAGUGGCCGACGCAAACUUACUGUUAUACCGCCAGAAGCGGAAGGAUACUCUGUAAAAGCUCUUCGAGCUGUCUCUACAGGUGGGAAAGCAAUACUUUUCAUAGUCCCAUUGCAGGAGAGAUUGGAUACUUCACCUUUGCCUCUGGACUCAGAGCAGUUUUCAAAAAUGCCAAAGAAGACCUGCUACCAGUGCAGUGAAGUAAUGCCCUUGCAGAUGUUAGCCGUACAUAUUCAAACAUGCACGGGUCAGUCCACUAACGAUACCGAUGUGCAGUCCUCAGAUGAGUCCUCGGAUGAGGUUUGUUUCAUAGAAAAAAAAGAGGUUGCCUGUCCGAUUUGCAACCAACAAUUUCCUGAUGAUGAAAUUGCUAUCCAUGCAGGUCUAUGUGGAGAGAGUGAUUUUGGAUGCUCAGUGCCUUCUGAGAAAGAUGACUAUGUUGGAAGUGGGGCUGCUGAAAUAUCACUAUGCGAACCAAAAAGCACUGAAGAUAUAUUGCAGUUCCUUGAACAACAAGUUGACACCACAACACAAUUUAAAUUGUGUGUGGACAGAGCGGAGCUCCUAGACAGAGCAAUUCUCCAGUGGCGAAGAAAGAAAAUGGCAUCUCCUGCCAGCGCCCUUAAGGUUGUGUACUUAGGAGAGGCUGGCAUUGACACUGGGGCACUCCGAAAAGAGUUCCUGACAGACAUGAUUGUAGCCAUUGAAUCAAGGUUCUUUGAAGGCUCUGGGAGCCAGGGUAAAAACCCAAAGUACUCUGUGACAGACCUUGACAAUGAAAACUUCAGAACUGUUGGUGAGGUAAUAGCAGUGAGCCUAGCUCAAGGUGGCCCACCCCCUGCUUUUUUCAAAGAAUGGUGUUACAACUUCCUUUGCAAUGGUGAGGUGGAUUUGAGGACACUUUCUCAAGAGGAUGUUACGGAUCUAGAAUCCUGCCAGCUUAUCAACAAUGUUGAAAACUCAACAGAUCCUGAGUCUCUGAUGGUUUUGAUCGAUGACAUUGUAAACUGUGGUUACUCAAGCCAGAUCAAGCUGGACAACAAAAAAAGCAUAAUUCGAGCGGUAGUGCUGCAUUCCACCACGAGAUUAAUUCCAAUGCUGCAGCAGGUGCGAAAGGGGCUGGAGCUGUAUGGUCUGUUGGACCAGAUGGCUGCCCACCCAGAAGCUUGCUAUUCACUCUUUGUACCUGGGAAAAUUGAAAAGCCUGAUGCUGAUUUCAUAAUGAUGCACUGCAAGGCAGAAUACAGUGAGAAGGGAACUGCUGGAGAAAGGGCAGAGAGGAGGAUAAUGGCCUUUUUCCAAGACUUUUUGGAGGAAUUGGAGAUGUCAGAUGUGAAAGAAGAAGAGGUUCUAACAGUGGAGCAUGUGUUGAAGUGGAUAACUGGUCAAGCCCACAUCCCUAUCCUCCCAGAUGAGAAGAGACAUUUCAAGAUUACUGUGAAGUUCAACCAUGAAUGCAUUGAGCAACUAGGACCACACUCCGUGUGUUACCCAACUGUGAGCGCAUGUUCUCAAACAGUGACCUUCCCAAUACAGCAUCUGGACACUCUCAAUGAUUUUACAAGAAUCAUGAGUGAAGCUGUUCGCUAUGGUGGUGGAUUUCACAGAGUCUAACAACCAGUUGUUUUUCAUUUUCUUAAAAGGGCCACUUCACCAGUCAUGUUUUUGAAUGGGAGUGUGUGAGUGGAGUGAGUGGAGUGAGUGAGGUGAGUGGACUGAGUGAGG